UGACACAUUUGAGUGUGAUUCAAUAAAAAAUUAAAUAAGUUUGUUUUUAUUUUAAAAAUUAUAGAAAAAUAAUGUCUGAUGUGAUAAAAGUAGGGCGUAGAGUCGAUGUGCCAAGCAAGGGAGUCCAAGGAGUGAUAGCUUUUAUCGGCAAAACCAAUUUUGCAUCGGGAAAAUGGAUAGGGCUUAUUUUAGACGAGCCCAAAGGCAAGAACGAUGGGAAUGUUCAAGGAGUCCAAUAUUUUAAAUGCGAUGAAAAUCAUGGGAUGUUUGUUAGGGAACCUCAAAUACAGCCUCUGGAUGAUGAUGGCAAGCCGAUUCAAGUCAAAACACCCGAUCCGCCGGCUUCUAAAAUCGCCAGAUCAAGAAUUAGCACGACAGCAACUAAACCUAAGCCCACAUCUGUUCGGAGAAAAACACCUAAAGAUGGGCUUACGUCUCUAUCUGCGUCAAGCUCAAGAAUGUCAUUGGCAAGCAGCCGUCAAUCACUGGCCGGAAGUAGGCAAAGUCUUGCCGGAAGUAGACAAAGCCUGAGUGGAAGCAGAACUCAGUUAGCCUCUCCAGCAACUGAAAAACCCACCGAAGGCAAUAAUGAGCCCCCAAGUCAAAUGCAAAAAAGGUCUUCGUUUGUUGAAACUGGAUUUGUUGAAAAUCUCAAACCCCAAUUCACACCAGGAGCUGUAAUAACUACCACUCCAACCCCUGUCGCUUCAGUUGAAGAGAAAAUCAGUCAUCUUCAGUUGCAGCAAGAACUGGAGAACAGAAGUCAGCAAAUUCGGGAUCUGAAUGAAAAAAUUGACACUCUGAAAAUACGUAGGCAGGAAGACAAAGAAAGAUUAAAAGAUUAUGACAAGCUUAAAAUACAGUUGGAACAACUUAUUGAAUUUAAGUCAAAAAUUAUGGAGGCGCAGAAUAGCCUUCAAAGAGAGUUACAGCGUGCCAAACAAGAAGCAAAAGAAGCUAUUGAAGCUAAAGAAACACAUGCUGAUGAGGUAGCUGACCUAGCUGAGGCUGUAGAAAUGGCAACAUUGGACAAAGAAAUGGCAGAAGAAAAAGCAGAGUCGUUACAAGCGGAAUUGGAAGCUUGUAAAGAAAAAUUAGAUGAAGUAACUUUAGAUCUACAAAUUCUGAAAACUGAAAUGGAGGAAAAGACUUCCUCUAGCUCUGCAGCAACUGAUUCUCAAGGAAUUUCGACCUAUGAACUCAAGCAGCUUCAACAACAGAAUGCUAGGCUCAGGGAAACACUGGUCAGGCUCAGGGAUCUGUCGGCUCAUGACAAACAUGAAUACCAGAAGCUUCUCAAAGAUAUCGAUCAGAAAAAAUCAGAAAUUACUGAGCUGGGGAAAACUAAGGAAAAACUCAGUUCCAGGGUGGAGGCGAUGGAACAGCAAAUUUCAGAUUUACAAGAACAGGUUGAUGCAGCUUUGGGUGCCGAAGAAAUGGUGGUGAUAUUGGGCGAGCAAAAGCUGACUUUGGAGGAGAAAGUGACUCAGCUACAGGAAGAAGUAGCUGAGUUGGAGGCUUUGCAAGACAUGAACGAUCAGUUGGUGGAGAGUAAUGCCGAACUGGAGGCUGAUUUGAGGGAGGAACUUGACAUGGCAAUGGCAGCUACAAGAGAAGCAAUGCGUGACAGAGACGCGGCAUUAGAAACCAUAGCGGAUCGCGAAGCCACCAUAAGCAAAUUCAGAAACCUUGUCCAACAGUUACAAGAACAAUCCCUGAACCUCCAAGAACAGCUAGAAAAAGAAACGAGCAAACCGAUCAAAUCCCUGCCCGAAAUCAUUGACUUCAAAAAGAUGUUCACCGAGACCAAAGCUCACACAAAAGCCAUCGAUCUAGAACUGAGAAGAGUGGACGUCCAGCAAUUACAACAGCACAUCAAGUAUCUGAGUUCUUACAUGCCCGACUCUUUUAUGAACCGAGGCGGUGAUCACGACGCUGUGUUAGUCCUGUUGCUCGUGCCCAGGCUCAUUCACAAAUCGGAAAUACUGUUGGGACAAAUUAAGGACAAGUUCCCGACAGUUGACAAGAUCGACAAGGCUGCCGUACUUAAAGGACACUCUGUACAACAAUUUUCCUUCAGAUGUCGCAUAACUUAUCUUAUUUUCGCACUUCAGGGAAUUUUACAUCAAUACUACUAUUCCCUAAACUCGUGCAAACCGGAAGUACUGUUAAAAGUAGGCGCGACCUUUCCGGAAAUGUCAGCUCAGGAGAAAAUAGUUGACGGUUUUGUGGAUUUAAUCAAAAGGGAUCAGCUGGACGAAAAUAUCCCUCUGGACGCCUUGGAGAAGUGCUACAAUUAUUUCAAGACCCUGUAUCCGCUGUUCCUGGCCAAUGAGAGUAGGGUUAAUCAGAAUCAGUUGAUGUCCGACAAUAUAAAAUUGUUGCUGAGUGGGAUUGAUGGAUUUACCACCGAUGCCAGUGUUAUAAGGUGUCUUUCAGCAGGUGGAACUGUCGGGGAUAUAUGUUUGUUAGCUCAGCACGUAAUUCAAGUAUCCGAGCAAUUGCAACAGCAACUAAAGCAGGCAAAAAGACGUCUACCUGCCGAUUUGAGCGUGACAAACUUGGGUUUCGACAAGGACAUACAGGAAACCCUUUACAAUUGCUUCCAGCAAACGACAAAGUUGUUGAAAACGAUCCACGAAAUAGCCAAAGCCUCGAUACAGGAAUUGUCCACCAAUGGAGAAGCAGAAAAAGGACUGUCCGAAGAAAAACUAAAAGAAAUCGCCAUGAACGCUAGCGAUAAAAUUUACGAACAAGAUGAUCUUGGACCUAUACAAAGCGUCAAAAAUUCACUCAGUUCCCUACUCACCGACAUUACUAAAAUUGCCAAAGUCUUACAAGACAAUGAACUACAAUUUACAGGCGAGAAAGAACAGAUAACUCCCCCCAUAAAUGUAAGAGCCGAAACCGUCAAGAAAGAAAUGGAACAAACGAAAACUCUAACCAGCAAACUGGAGAACAGAGAAUCGGACAUAAAAGAUCUGAAAAAACUGUUAAAAGAAAAGCAAGAACAACUAUCAGAAAUGACAAUAAGAAAAGAGUUAGCUGAGAAGAAACUUGGAAAUGUCAACAAGGAUUAUGAACUGACCAUCGAAAAACUACAGAGAAAGCUUGAAGAAGCUCACAAUCAAUACAAGAAGAAAGAGAAGGAGUUUGAAGAGACUCUUGAUCAUCUGCAGACAGAUAUUGAUUCGCUGGAGAAUGAAAAAGGGGAGAUGAAGGAAAAAAUGAAGAUGCUGACGAAGAAGGUGCAGCUGGAAGCUUCGUUGACCAAGAGUUUGUCAGGGUCUCAAUUAUCAUCGCUACAGUCUUCUAUUGGACCCAGUUUACCCGCAGUGGUAAAAGACUCUCCAUUGCUGAUGCAAGAGAUCGAAAGUUUGAAAAAACUGUUCAACCACGAACGCAACGAAAGAAUCAAACUCCAGAAUCAGAAGCUCCAGGAAGAAUUGGACAGUUUGGCACCGCUGCCCUCGUUCAAAAACACCCGGGACGAGGUCAUUGAAAAUUUGUUCAAGGAAGGAGCCGCAUUGAAACAGGAAAUACUGAUGACUUUGGCCAAGCCAACGUUCCCUGCAGUAUACAAGGUGAAGCCGGGAAACGGUCAGGCAGCUUGGAUGAGGCAUUUUGCCGAAGAGCAAAAUAAAAUAACCGACUUAAAGAGACGGGCUGAAGAGUUUCAGACUAGGGUAGCUAAGGAGGCCGUUUUGAGGAAAUACGGGGGUAAAAUUGAGGCAGAUUUUAACGUGUUUCCCACUAAAGAAAUGGUUAAGGCAAUAAAAGAAACUGAAGCUGUGGAUAUUGGAUUCCUUAAAAUACCCAAAUCUCAUCUACAGCCCAACGAAAAGUCGGGCAUUGUAAACUUGGAGUUGGACUUUGCAAACUUACAAAAUAUUUUACAAACUUUAUCUUAAGCAUAUUCGGCUUGCUGUAUUUAACUAAAACAAAAAUUAUACUAUCUUUAAGCUUUAAAACUUUAUUUAUAUUAUUUAAAUUAUAAUUAACUUGUUAUAUUAUUUUUUACAUUACAUUAUAUACGUAAAAAAAAUUGUGUCUUUUUUACCUUA